UAUACUUAACACGCCACGUUACGCGCGUUUAUUUUGAUGUAAUAGGUAUAUAGUGGCAGGUUUGUUCCCGUUUACGGAGUGUGCUAAUGAGCUCUGAAGACAAUUUACGAACCUGAUAUAAUUUGGACAACUAUAAUAAGAUAUGGUAAUUCUCAAUGCGCCAUUGUCCCCGGGCAUGACUUGCCGGGUAACAUAUUCAAGCACAUCAUCAGAUUGGGACAUCAAUGACAGCACGAUACCCCGUAUUAGUGAAUUCGAUUCGUUUUCCGAAUGGGCGGACGGUCAUUGCAGACUAGUGUAUCCUCAAAAUUCCGAAGAGGCGAAACGGCAUUCCUCGGGGUGGGCGAUGAGAAAUACGAAUAAUCACAACGUGCACAUUUUGAAGAAAAGUUGUUUGGGGGUUUUGGUCUGUUCCCAAAGGUGUAUUUUGCCGAAUGGUGAACGCGUGCACUUACGACCAGCGAUCUGUGAUAAAGCCCGAAAGAAGCAACAAGGUAAACCGUGUCCAAAUCGACAGUGUUCGGGAAGACUGGAAAUUCAGACAUGUCGUGGGCACUGCGGUUACCCAGUUACCCACUUUUGGAGACACACAGAGUACGCGAUAUUCUUCCAGGCUAAAGGCGUCCACGAUCACCCAAGACCUGAAGCGAAGAGUACGUCUGAGGCUAGACGUAGUUUGGGAAGCGGGCGAAGGGUGCGCGGUCUAGCUGUACUCCUCGCCAGAGAAGCUGCACUAGGAAGUAAGCUUAUGUCACUAAGAGAACCAAAACGACAUUGCAAGGACAUCAAUUCAGUUUCCAGAUGUCUAAAUCCACCACCUCUCAUUGCUGAUUUGGAUAAAGGUUACUCAUGCUCCUGUCCACCUUUCGAAUGCAUAUGCACAUUUCAAUCGGUCGUGCCAGUUGCGCAUCAGCAAUAUACACCUCAUUCGCCCUCAGCUUAUCAGCCAAUCGGCCAACAGUUAGAUUCGUACUGGACACAGGAACCACUCCAAGCGCAGUCGUAUCCGUUGGACAACAUGGGGAACGUUAACAGUCAGUAUGAUUUCGCCAACGUGACUGGUGACCUAUUUCAACCGGAGGAAAUCUUUCAACUUGAUCAACCGAUACGUCCCGAAUACCCACAGCAAGGUACAACAGAUUUGUCUCGUUCGCCAUCGACGUUACUGGAUUUGGGUAGCGGCACCAUACACAGAGAGUUCAAAAGUGAAGAUUACUGGAAUCAGAGUUUGUCUACGUUGAUGAACGAUGACAGUAACAACAGCAGUUGUAGUCGAUAUAAUCUAGUUUCAUCUCCAGAUGGUGUUCAACCAUCUUUGGCACAUACCCCACUAACUCACCAAACCGACAUCGGCGCACAAAGGUACGAUAAAUUGCAAUUAGAAAGCUACCUAAGUGAUGAUUAUGACAAUAGCUAUAAGAACCAAAGUAACUUACUAGAUGUGAUAAGUGACACAAAGAUGUUCUUCGAUAACAACCUGCACAACAACUCUUAUGAAAACUUUACGGAUGCGAGGCAUAUGUACAGAACAUGUAACGUAGAUACAAAAUAUCAAGAUAAAUAUGCCGAAUUGGCACAAUUUGUUGAUUACACGGCCUUGUAUGAUAACAAAAAUGAAACCGUAGUUACAAUGAGCGAACUUGAUUUCCGAAUCAAUAACUACGCGAAUACGAAUUCACAUUAUAAUUCGGAUUUUUGUAACAUAAAUACAGGCAUUCACCACGCAAACAAUUAAUCUUCCACAGUAUUCACCUAAGCACGUGCCUUUGUAUUAUGAACCUAUAAGCUUUCCAAUGAUCUUCGUAGUAUGCAUAAGUU